AUGGCCAGCGACAGCGACAACGGUGACGGCAACGGCGACGACAGCCUCAAACUCCGCGAGCUCAUCGAGGGGCUACCACAGGAGCUCCAGGACAUCAUCUAUGACAUGACCUUUACCGCUGAUCCAAAGGUCCACAUCUGCGCCUGGAAACGAUACGUCCGUGACCCAAAGCUCAAAGACGCAUUUGCUGAAUACUCCGCUCGCGUGGUCGAAUUCAACAAACAACUGCACCCUCAUCUGUUGUGGGUCGAUCGCCACAGCCGACAGAAGUUCGCUUCGUCCUACUACGGUCGUGAUUCCGUCUUUGUAAUUUAUGGGGGCACUCAAUGGCACUUUUUCAGCCGCCUGGGGAGCCACAGGGAUCUCAUUCACGAGGCACGCAUGGUCACACUGACGGACAGCUGCUUUCCACAGGUGUUACCAGAGUUUAUGUGGAGGUAUACACUUGUGGGUGGUGGAAUGGACCCGGCAUUCGCCAGUCGAAUCAUCUUCAAUAAGCACGACGAGGUGCUCAAAUUGGUCAAGCAGCGCGCUGGUAUUCCGACAGAAGCACUCUUGCCGCGGUCCAUCCUCGUCUUCUGUCCUUCACACACCUUCACAGCCACAACAGCUUGUCACCAAUUUAUUGGCCAGAGCCGCCACUCAACGCGCACCAUGGCUCACAGCAAGAGCGAAGACGAGAGCGGAGAGAAGUGCGACAAGGAUAUCAAGAAGAUCAACAAGAUGCAUGGAAUUGACGAGAAGGUCGAGGAGAGUGUCGAGGAGAGCGUCGAGGAGAGCGUCGGGUGGAGAAUCGAGAAGAACGAAGAUGGCAGCGACCAGGCCGAUCGGCUCGAAGACACGAGUGACGAGCAAAAUGAGCAGAGCGACAACUCACUCCUACUCCGCGACCACCUCGAGGGCCUUCCGCAGGAACUUUACGAUUACAUUUACGACUUGACCUUCACUGCCGCCCGAAAACGCUGCAUCUACCUCCCUUGGACUUUUACUGGCAGGUACGACAGGGGUCUUGGGAUGCUCUCGAUCAAUGAGAAGCUGCCGCAUCUCCUACACGUUGAUCGCCGAAGCCGGGAGAAGUUCGCUCGAUUGUACUUCGGCGAUCCGAAAUCCAUUUUGGUCAUUCAUGGUGGCGCCAUAAGGAAUGUGCACAUCGAAAGCCAGCAUCUAGAGCUCAUACCUGAGCUCGUCUUCAUUCGCGGGGGCCGCUCAUGGGACCACGCAUAUGAUGACCGAGCAAGACAGGACAUGGUUGCUCACGGGUUUGGAGCUGCUGUGGUGGAGAAGUUUGAGUUCAUGUCUCCAACGGAUGAAAGCGGGAUCCGUCCUCCAUCUCUGCCUGUCUGCCUGAUUUUCGCUUCCCAGCGUGCCCGUUUCCACUUCCCUGUGCUGCACCGUUUGUUUGCUUCACUUCAGUUCAUGCAUGUGCACUUCAGCCUUGGCAAGAGCACCGCGCGCUUUCCACCACAGACCUGGUCCUCCACCUCGACCACACUCGCAAAUCUGUUCACACUCCACAACAUCAACAUCAACCCGUGCCGUGUCGCCAGUCUUGUUACGCGCGCCAUGGCCACCAAGCAGAGUGGCGUCGACCGCAAUGACGAUGGCGGCAAGCUCGACAGCGCCCUCCAGCUGCACAACCACAUGCAGGCUCUCCCGCAGGAGCUCUUCGACCGCAUUGACGACCUCACCGUCACCGCCGACAGCAAGAUCCGAAUCUAUGCCAUUGGAAAAGACAUCAAAGAGCUGAAGGAUAUGACUGCUGUACCAGACCAUUUCGACAUACACAUUCCCGUCAACGAGAGGCUACCGCCGCUUUUCCACGUGGAUCGCCAGAGCCGCCAGAAGUUCGCAGAAUCAUAUUUCGGUCAUCCGGAAUCCCUCUUUGUCUUCUACGGCGCCAGUGUGGGGAGAAUGUGCUUUGAGUCCAGCCAUUUGAGACUGAUCUCACACCCUCACUACAUCUAUCCGAGCUCGAGACGGUACAUGUGGCCAAUUUCGUGCGAGCACAUUCUAUUUGAACUAGGAUGGGAGCGAGAUACGGCAAUGAGAUCGCAGUCUCUCACUAAGUGGGAGUUGCCGGAGCUGCUAGACGAGCAUCUUUGGGGCAAGAAUUCUGGUGUGAUGGAGCAGGCCAUUCAACCAGAUUUCGCUGAUGAUGGACAGACCUGA